AGAAGAAGCCCACGAUUUGUCCCAAAUGAUUGUUGAAGAGUUGUCAGGCUCAUUAGAAGCACAUGAGCAGAGAAUGAAUGAGAAACGGACAGAGAAGCCGAUUGAGCAAGCCUUCCAAAGCCAAGUUUCCAUCAAAGGUGAUCAAGGUGGUGAAACAAGUCAAAAGCAUGGUGGUUCUCGUGGUAGAGGACGAGGACGUGGUUUUUACUUCAACAAAGGUCAAGGUGAUCAUAACAACAAUUAUGGAGUAGGUGGUGAUGACCAAGAGAAAUCAAACUUUGGCCAUCGACAGAAUAUAAGAGGUCGUGGUCGUGGUCGUGGUACAGGAAGGUAUGACAAAUCUCAUGUUGAGUGUUAUUCUUGUCAUAAACAUGGUCAUUAUUCAAGUGAGGGCAGAUAUAAGGAGAAUGAUCAAAAGGCUCAUUAUGUACAAGAGGAAGAUGACAGUGAAUAUCAUGCUCUUUUGAUGGUUACAUCAACAAAUGAGGCAUCAAAUUAUCACACAUGGUUUCUUGACACUGGAUGUACUAAUCAUAUGUGCGGUAAGAAGGAGUUCUUUGUUGAUCUUGAUGAGUCGUAUCGAUCCAAGGUCAAAUUUGCAGAUGAAAGCACCGUACCAGUGAUGGGAAAAGGGAGAAUCCUCAUCAAGUUGAAGAAUGGAGAUCAUAAUUAUAUUUCAGAUGUGUUCUAUGUGCCGGAUAUGAAAAGCAAUCUACUUAGCUUGAGUCAAUUGCUGGAAAGGGGUUAUAAUAUGCUCCUAUGUGAUAAUCAACUCUCCAUUUUUGAUGUAAAAGGUACACUUAUUCUUAAGGCUCCUCUAUCAAAAAAUCGUAUGUUUCGAGUUGACAUUGCCAGUGAGGUUUACACUUGCCUUAGUGCUAUUUUAAAAGAUGAUUCUUGGUUAUGGCAUCUUCGUUUUGGUCAUCUAAACUUUCGAAGUUUGAAGUUGCAUGCUCAAAAAAAUAUGGUGAAGGGCUUGCCUAGCAUAAAUCAUCCAGAGCAAUUGUGUGAGGCUUGUACUCUCGGAAAACACAACAGGUUACCAUUUGUGGCUAGAAAGAAUUGGCGUGCAAGAAAGCCAUUAGAACUUGUUCAUUCUAAUGUCUAUGGCCCAAUGAGUGUUACAUCAACUGGUAACAAUAGGUAUUUUCUUACCUUCAUUGAUGAUUUUACUAUAAAAAUUUGGGUCUAUCUUCUGCAAAUUAAGUUUGAAGUUUUGAGUUGUUUUAAGAAGUUUAAGGCUCAUGUUGAAAGACAAAGUGGUCAUUGUAUCCAAAUCUUACGAACUGAUGGUGGGGGUGAAUAUACCUCCAAUGAAUUUCAUGAGUAUUGUGGAGAACAGGGUAUACAACAUCAAGUUACAUGUCCCUACACUCCACAGCACAAUGGAGUUGUAGAGAGGAAGAACAGAACCAUAAUGGACAUGGUGAAGAGCAUCUUAAAGGCCAAGGGAAUGCCAAAUUCUUUUUGGGGUGAAGCUGUUUCCUGUUCUGUUUAUUUGUUAAACAGGUCUCCAACAAGGAGUCUUCAAAAUGUUACUCCCGUAGAAGCAUGGAAUGGUUUCAACCCAAGUGUGAAGCAUCUUAAGGUGUUUGGCUCUAUUGCGUUUACUCAUGUGCCGGCACAAACAAGGACAAAGCUAGAUGAUCGUGGAGAGAAGACCAUCUUUGUUGGCUAUACUCGUGGAGGAUUCAAGCUGUUCAAUCCUGUGACUAAUAAGGUGAUUGUAAAAGAUUCUCAAGUUACAACAACCAAUACUACACCAGAAAAUCCCAUGACACAAACUCUUACUGAAGCUGGAAGACCAAGGAGACAAAGACAACCACCAGUUACUUUACAGGAUUAUGAGGUAACAUCCGAUGAUGCUAUUGAUGAUGAUGGAAAUCUGGUGCACUUUGCCAUGUUUGCAGAUUUAGAACCCAUAUUUUUUGAAGAAGCCAUUCAAGAUCCUAAAUGGGUGAAUGCCAUGCUUGAAGAGAUGAAGGCAAUUGAGAAGAACAACACAUGGGAGCUUACUGACUUACCACAAGAUCAAAAAGCAAUUGAUGUCAAAUGGGUUUUCAAGACAAAGAUGAAGUCCAAUGGAGAGAUUGAAAGACAUAAAGCAAGAUUGGUGGCAAGAGGAUUUGAACAGCGUCCUGGCCAUGAUUAUCAGGAGGCUGGAUUCAAGAAAUGUCCUUCUAAACAUGCUUUAUAUGUGAAGUUUAAUGAAUCUGGUGACAUUUUGAUACUCCGUCUUUAUGUUGAUUAUCUGAUAUUUACAAGCAACAACACCAAAAUGAUUGAAGACUUCAAGAGGUCUAUGUUGCACGAAUUCGAGAUGACGGAUCUUGGUUUAAUGUCUUACUUUCUGGGUAUAGAAGUGAUGCAAAGAGAAGAUGGGAUCUUUAUCUGUCAAAAGAGGUAUGCUUCUGAACUGUUGAGAAGGUUUCACAUGCAUAUUUGCAAUCCAGCAAGAACUCCUGUGGAGGUUGGAACUAAGUUGUUCAAGGAGGGUGAUGAUGCACGUGUUAAUCCCACUUUCUUCAAGCAACUUGUUGGGAGUUUGAGGUAUCUCACAUGCACACGACCUGACAUCUCCUAUGGUGUUGGAUUCAUUAGCAAGUUUAUGGAGUCCCCUCGUCAAUCUCAUUUGCAAGUUGCCAAGAGAAUUAUGAGGUACCUAAAGGGCACUUUUGAUCAUGGUCUAUUUUACUCUUCAUCUAGCAAUUGUGCUCUUGUAGGUUAUUCUGACAAUGAUUGGGGUGGAGACUUAGAUGAUUGUAAAAGCACUACUGGUUAUUGCUUUAAUUUUGGCAGUACAGCUUGUUCAUGGUCAUCAAAAAAGCAGUCGAUUGUUGCACUUUCAACUUGUGAAGCAGAGUAUGUGGCGGCAGCCUCAAGUGCAUGUCAAGCAAUAUGGUUGCAAAGCUUGAAGAAUCAAGUUCGUGUCCCAAUUGAAGAACCUAUGAAGAUCUUUGUUGAUAAUAUUUCAGCUAUUAACUUGGCAAAGAACCUAGUCCACCACGGAAGGAGCAAGCAUAUCGACAUAAGAUUUCAUUAUUUGCGAGACUUAAUUGACAAAAGGGUGAUUGAGUUAAAGUACUGCAAGUUCAAAAAUCAGGUUGCUAAUAUCCUUACUAAACCUUUGAAGAAUGAAGCUUUUGUCAAGUUGAAGAGUAUGAUGGGAAUAUCUGCUCUACCGAAUCAAGAUUAAGGUGGGGAUGUUGGAGUUAAUCUCGAUUUUGAAGCUAAUUGUUUUGAAUGAGUCCUAGUUAGUGGAGUUUAUGUGUCCUACUAUUGUGGUUGCUGAUAGCCACGUUUCCUUAUCUUUAAGUUUCAGUUUGUAGUUGCUAGAAAAUAGGAGUUUAUGCUUUAUUAGCCUAUUAUAAAUAGGCAGUUGUUAUUCAGUUUAAUGUGUAAUCAUCUUUAUCUAUUUCUAGCAAUAGAAGUGCCUUUUUCUU